AUGUGUCUUCUCCUGGGAGCCUCGGGUGUCGGGAAAACGCUGUUGGUGAAAAGGCUGCAGAAGCUGAGCUCCGGGGAUGGGAAGGGCGACCUGGGCGAUGCUCCCCCGACGCGCCCCACGGUGGGCACCAACCUUACUGACAUCGUCGUCCAGAGAAAGAUUACCAUCCGGGAGCUGGGGGGGUGUAUGGGCCCCAUCUGGUCCAGCUACUUUGGAAAUUGCCACUCUCUCCUGUUCAUGAUGGACGCCGCUAACCCCACUCAGCUGUCCGCGUCCUGUGUGCAACUCCUGGGCCUCCUUUCCGCAGAACAACUCGCAGAAGCAUCCGUCUUGAUUCUCUUCAAUAAGAUCGAUCUGCCCUGUUACAUGACCGUAGACGAGAUGAAGUCAUUGAUCAGGCUCCCAGACAUCAUUGCCUGUGCCAAGCAGAACAUCACCACGGCCGAAAUCAGCGCCCAGAAGGGCACUGGCUUAUCAGAGGUGCUGCGCUGGCUCCAGGACACCCACAGAACUGACAGGCGACUGCCAGGAGGAGAACCGUGACCGGCCGGCUCUGGGGAGGAGGCAGAGAACCGCACUGCUUGGCCUCUGGCGAUCUGUUCUCAUCAGGGACAGGACGACCCGACGUGAGCCUAGGAGAUGGGCUCCUGUCCUGAGUGGCGGUGAUGGGUAACUGGCCUCUGAAAAGGUCGUCCCCAGGGCUGGGAGAGGAGGACAGGCUUGCAGGCGGCUGCGUGUCCUGCCGCCAUCCUGGGAUGUGCUUCCCGCCCAUUGGGAAAGGAGCUCUACUUUCCUGACGGUGUUUGCACCGCCUGGGACCAGACUUGCUCUGGGGACUGUGGCACAAAGUUGUACCUGUGGAGUUUCCCACAUGCCGACAAUGUGGCCUCCGUU